AUUGCUUUGCUCUUGAAGUCGCGAGUCGCUCGAAUGAGCGCGUAGAUUUGCGCGUAGCUGAUAUUCGAUAAAUUUCGAUCUCAGCUGCGUUUAAUACAAAAAAGUAAUAAACAAAAUCAUGUUUUGCAUAUUCAGGUAAAGGCAUUUUAUGUUUUGUUUAUUUUUGGGUCAUUUACAUCGCGUCAUUAGAACGGUGCUAUUGUAACAUUUGUAACAAACAAGGACAUUAGAAUGAUCAUUAACAAUAGAAGUGAAAUAAAAUAGCUUUCAAUCUUUAUUGUGGUCAAAUAUUCACGAGUAAAUGGCGUUAAUAAAUGCUACAAGCAUGGACGUGGAAGAGACCGGAUCGAUUAACAAUGAGCCUGUGGACGCGAUUGAGAACGAACAUGAAGAAGACAUUAUUGAUGACUCAGAGGAGCGCGAGCUGGUGACAGACUCUUGCUCGACAAAGGUGCUGGACACCUCGGAGCAGCCUCGCGACAACUAUUGGGUUGUUUAUUUACUUUUUUAUCUAUUUGGCAUUACAUCUCUUGUGUCAUGGAAUUUCCUGAUUACUGCAAAUGAUUAUUGGAUGUAUAAAUUCCGAGAUGUGUCUCCAGUUAAUUCCACCCAGUUGGAAAUACCACCAGUGCGGAAAACUCAGUUCCAAGCCGAGUUUACUUCCUACCUCAAUGUGGCAGCUUCUAUACCUAAUUUAAUAUUCCUUAUAUUAAACUCACUCUAUGGGCAUUUAGUAUCUGUGAAGAGCAGACUACAAGGAUCACUCUUAAUGAUCACACUGUCAUUCCUGGUGACCACCACUUUUGUUCAGAUUGACACUGACGAAUGGCAGAACACAUUCUUCAUUGUCACCAUGGUGACUGUAGUUAUCAUGAGCGCUGCCAGUGCCAUAUUCAUCGGCGGGCUCGUGGGCAUCGCGAGCCGCUUCUCGAAAGAGUACAUGGCAGCCGUGGUAAGCGGCCAGUCCCUUGGCGGGAUCAUUGCUGCCAUCGCUCAAAUCAUAUCGCUCGCCUUCAAAAUAUCCCCCUUGCACAGCGCCCUCAUAUACUUCGUCAUAGCUGACAUAAUGCUGGUCGCGUCUUUAAUCUCCUACAUAAUGUUGUACAAGAUUGACUUCUUUACACACCAUAUUUUGAGGGGCUCUGGUAUGGUUGCUAACAGGCACAGAGAAGUGUCCAUGGUAGCCGUCAUGAAGAAAAUCUGGGUUUACGCGUUUAGCAUUUUUGCGAUCUUCGCGAUCAGCAUGGCCGUGUAUCCCGCUGUCACUGUGUUGGUCGAGUCACAUCCUACGACUCAUGGAACAGAUUGGAACAAGAUAUACUUUGUGCCGGUCGUGAAUUAUCUAAUCUUUAAUUGUGGAGAUUAUUCCGGGCGUUUGGUAGCUGGAUUUCUACUUCGACCUCUGAACCAAUGGAUAAUAGGAGCCGCCAGCCUAUUGCGUAUCAUGGGAGUCCCAAUGUUGAUGCUAUGCAACGCGCAGCCGCGGCCACACCAUCUGCCGGUCAUCUUCGAGUGGGACUACGAGUACAUUAUGAUCAUGAUCGUGUUCGCUUUCAGCAACGGCUAUCUGACCAACAUUGUAAUGAUCAAUUCUACCAGAGUGGUAGAGCUGCAUGAGCGAGAGAAGGCGACGUCCGUGAUAGCUACGAUGCUGAGCAUCGGGCUGACGGUGGGGGCUGCCGUCGGAAUGCUGUUGGUUCACUUAUUAUAAACAUCGAUAUAAUAUUAUAUCUCCACGCCCCUUACUAUGCGGGUGCCUGAGGGUACCAAGGCCUUUGCACUCAAUCACCUUAAGGGGAAAGAUUUGUUAAAAUUAAUGGGACAGCAGCAAAAAAAGGAGAAACUGCUCUAUCGUCGAAAGAAAAUUUUAGCAAACAUUUGCUACUUGUAUUCUGGCAAUACCAAUUCAUAACACAUCAGCUGUCUUGCGAUAAUCCAGAAGUUGUAAAGCGAGAAAUUAAAAAAAAGUAAACAAUUUGUUUGGUGGAAAUAAGCGCAUAGCAUAUGCUUUUAUAAGACAGUCAAGUUGCCUGUAGUUGGAGCUUAGUUUACCAAGGGAUUAUGAGCUACGAGCGACGUAUGAAUAAGAUAAUAUUUGGCCAGACAAUCACAAAAAUUACAUGAAUAGAUCCCAUGAUGGAAAGAAACUGACAUAGUCAACUAGAAUAUUCUUGCCUUUAUUCGUACAUAUGCUUAAAAUGUAUUUUAGUGUUGUCCAAAUACAUAUUGUUACCAAAAUUUUAAAUACUUGCAUUAAGUAUAUUUUGUAUUGUUCAUUUGAACGUCAGCAUAUUUACGUGUUAUUUGCUGUGUGUUUCUAUCUGGUAAUUACAUCAGUAGAAUAGUAUGUUCUUAGAGCCAUACAUACUUAAGGACUUAUUUAGAAAAUGCAUUUUAAAAUAUGUGAUUUUUCAAUGUUUGAAUAUAAGUAAUUCAAUUAACAAUUACAUAUUUAUUUAAAGUGUAGUUUUCAAAAUAUUUUACUAAUUGACAUUAUAGAUUAAUAUUUGAAUGUUACCUGUAAUUCUCAAAUGAAGUACAAGAAAUUCUAUAAGCAGUACGUACGGCUAGCACAUAUUGCCGUGGCUCGCGCGAGAUGAAAGGAUCGGCGCGACUGAUUGAUAUAGGUAAUUAAUUAUAUAGUCGCGCGAUUCUCGGCAAGAUGUGCUCUAACCGUACGUACUGCUUAUAGAAUUUCCUGUACGUAUAAAAAAAGUUAAGCCGCAUUCCUUUUGUAUGAUUUCACUGCCCUUAUUGAUUAUUUAAUGCUCAAUUUAAACAUUCCUGCAAUGUUAUAAUUUUAUUAACUCAAAUUAUUUGUUUGUACCAAAGUGGUGUUAACUACUGCUUAUUUUAACCAAUGAAAAGCUUUUUAACAACUCGAAUUAUCUUAAACUCAGGUAAUGUGUAAUAGAUCUCAUGUAGAAUAGGUAUUCAAUUUUAACUACGAUUUUGUGUAAUUUGUAUAAAUGUAGAUAAUUUAAUUGUAAUAGAUUGCACAGACGUAAUAUGAUAAUAGGUAGAUGUUUUUUUGGACAUUCAUAUUGUUUAAUUAUUGAAUUGUGUUUGUACCUGAUGUUAGGUAUUAUUUUUAAAUAUAUGUAUAAUGAAAUACAUCAUGAUAACUAAUCACUCAUUUAUCAUAAUAGGUGCUGCAAGGUUAGAUGUUUCUACUUGUCAUUAUUUGUACUUUAUAUUUGAUUUUCUUGUACGUUUUUGAUAACUAUUUUACGUUGUACUUGGUUGUACACUGAUCAGUGGAACCUCGAUAACACAUAUCUUUAGAGAAACUACAAAAACACCUCGUAUUUGCUGAGAUUUGAAGCUCGAAGGGAAGGGAAUGGCAUUUUAUUGAGUGUUUUGACUUAUCGAGGUUACAUUAACAUUAAUACAUUUAUGUAAUAAGUUGACAUAAUAAUUGAUCAAUGUUAAGUAACUAGGUUAAGUACCUCAAUGACUUCAAUGUUUUUUCCGGAAUUAGCUUUUAUUGCGUUAACUAUAUUAGGUACUAUGAUCAAUGUUAUUGUAAUAGAUUGUACUAGUUUAUUUUUCUAUAUAUUAAACUGUGAUUAUUACGUUUCAAUUGAUAUUAUAAUUAUACUGUUUAUGUGAUAAA